AUGGACGUGUCGACGGGUAGUAGUAAAGACGAGGUGUUCUACAUGAGUGAAAGCGAAUUCUGGGAAGAGAUCAAAGAUAAGUACGUACAAAGUAUUGCUGACUUGGAUCCGAAUGAGGUAUAUCCCUCAAACAAUCCAGGCCCUACAAAACCGGAUGGAUCGAUUAAUUUCGAGUGUCACUGUGUAGGACACCUUGUCGCCAGUCCGUGUGGAUACGAAUUCAGGGAAGCAGUCACCUGUCAGAAAUCCUCUACGGAAGAGGAAUUGGAGAAAGGAGCCUGUGCAGACGAACUCCUGGCGUUCAUGGAGUGUGCAAUACGCACGCAGUGCUUUAAAAACGAUGUCAACCUCUCAACCUUGACUUUGACUGCUAACUGA